GUUUAUCGUCUUCCUUAUAACCAAUAGGAAUUCAUCUUUUGGUGUUUGUUUACUUAUUUGUUUAGAAAAAUGAUUUGUCGUUUAUGUUUAUUGGGAAUAACUAACGGUAUAGAACUAUGGUCUGAUAAUGGUGAAAGUGAUGCCGCAAAAGUGAUAAAAAGAUAUUUUUGCAUUGAGAUUCAGUACCACGAAACAAUUUCUAAUGAAAUUUGCUGCGAGUGUUGGAAGCAUAUUGACGAUUUCCAUAAGUUUUGGGUAAAUAUUGAUGAAAAACAGAAGACUUUGCAAACCCAUUUGGAAUGCAUAGAAACGAAACAUCCCAUAGAAGAUAUUGAGACAGAAGAAUUUCCCUCGGUCCAUAUUAAAUCAUCUAUUGACUGUAAGGAAAUUGGGUUGAGAGAACCACAAAUAGAUUUGGCUGUUCUACAAUCAGACUUUUGCGAUAAUGAAGUUGAAUUUGAUGCUGCUGAUUUGGAUAACGAUUGCGAAGAUGAAGCCGGAUUCGAUGAUGGAGACAAACAUAACUACGUAUUAUCCGAUCAAGGAUCAUUACUUACAGUAAAAACGAAACCGACUUAUAAUUGUGUUAAGACGAAAAAGAAGAUAAACGAUCUUGAUAACAGACCCAAGCGCGAGAACAAGAAAAAGUCGUUAAAAUCAAAAAGCGAUGAUAAUUUGACAAGAGAUCCUACAAAUGACGAAGAAGCCACAAGUCGACGUAUGGCCAAAUUGGCUUUGAUUGCUGAGAUGGAUGAGUAUAUAGCACAAAAUUCGGAAUUGAGUUGUUGUUUGUGCAAGCAACAACUUACAGACUUCCUUCAGUUAAGAAAACAUUUCCGUGACCAACAUAAAUGCGAAGGAUAUAUGACUUGUUGCAAUAGUCGUUUCUUAAAACGAUCUCUUUGGGUAGACCAUCUAAAAAUGCAUAGGGAUCCAGACUUUUUGAAGUGCCAUAUAUGCAAUAAGAAGUUGGCAAGCCGGAAUACUUAUCAAAAUCAUAUGGAUUCAAAACAUCCUGAUACUGAAGACUUACAAUUCUUUUGCAAAUUGUGCCCUAGAAAAUUCGUUAAACAAUAUCUUUUGGAUUAUCACAUGCGUUCUAAACAUACGACUACACGCGAUUUCAUAUGUAAAAUAUGCAACAAAGGAUUCGUCAGUGCUGGUGUUUUGAAGAAACAUGAAAGGAACAUUCACCUGAAUGAAUAUGAAUCUGUUUGCGAGAUUUGUGGAAAAUGCUUUAAAGCUGCUCACAAUCUUUUGCGUCAUGUAGAUUCUAUUCAUAGCGCAGAACCACGUACUAGAGCUCAAUGCCAUAUAUGUCAAAAGUGGCUGAAAAAUGCGUAUACACUAAAAAAACAUAUCAUAGCUCACAGCGAAGAACCGUUAGGUAGGGAAUACCCGUGUUCCAAAUGCAAUGCCAUUAAAUACUCCAGACAUUCACUGGCGGCACAUAUACGUUACCAUCAUUCGGACCGAAGUUUUAAAUGUCCAGUAUGCAGCAAAGAGUUCAAACUGCCGAUCGCAUUGAGAGAGCAUGAGGCCAGGCAUGCUGGAAUACACCUCUACACAUGUUCAAUUUGUGCAAAGAAGUUUAGGUCGAUCCGUAAUAUGCGCAAACAUAUGGCUAAUCAUUCGGAUGAAUCAGUACAUGAAAAAUGUAAUGAGAACUUACAGCAAAAAUCGGAAGAAAAGUUGCCACAGCACUCUAUUCAAGCGAAUGAUAUGCCUUCUGGGUAUCUGACUUUAUUACCAUUUAGUGAACCACAGUCUUAAAGAUACAGUAUUAUAAAUUUGUGACUAAGAAUUUAAACUAGAAAUAAGAAUAUUGUUACUCAUUAAACUGCACCUAAUAUUCAUUA